UGAUCUAACCAGAGCAAAAAGAGGGUCCACAGUCUGAUGUGGGCUCACAUAAGCAUUUCUACCUCUGGACAGUAUACAUAGACUGGCAUAAAGGCAAACACAGGAUUUUUAAUUGGCUUGAAACUAUUAAAAUCACCAUGCCUGUGCCAUACACUGACGUACCCAAGAAAGAGCAACAAGAACUGUGCUCGGACACAGAUGGAGCAUGUUUGAACCUGGGGAAGAAGAUCAGUGUUCCUCAGGAUCUGAUGAUGGAGGAGCUCAAUCUGCUGUCCAACAGAGGAUCUAUUAUGUUUCAUGAGAGACUCAGAAGAGUGGAGAGGUUCACCUUGGAGAAUAUAGCACAGAGACAACUCAGUCACUUAGAGGAAACACUUCGAUGUCAGAAUGCCAUGCAAGGAGAUAAAGGAAGUGAUUGCUUCACCUCUGAAAUCUAUAUCAACCAGCCUGGAAAGAACAGCCUAGUCACCACACUAAAGCACAAGGUUGCUAAGAAAGGAAUCCCAAGCGUGCUUGCACCUGGUUAUGGGGGGCCUCUAAAAGAGGUUCCUCCAGAAAAGUUCAAUGUCACUGUGAUCCCCAAGUCUUACCAAUCACCCUGGGAGGAAAACCCCAUUGGCAAUGAGACGCUGUUGGCUAGCAUCAGUACCCAUCUGCCUGAGCCACCUUACAAACUCACCCCAGCCAACUACAAAUGCUUCAACAGAGCUCCUACGCCGUUUGGCGGGACAGCGGGUACUGUGAGGUCUCUGCCGCUACCUGGCUUUGAGAUGCUGCAGGCUCACACAGAGCCACACCUGACCUGGGACAGGAUGUGCCAUCGGCCCAAUUUCAAUCGUACUCCACAGGGCUGGGGCACCAAGUACGCUGUAGAGUCUCCUGAUCUGUGAAGCUAGCAUACUCAUCUUUUUUGCCAAACUACAACUGAAGACUGAAUUUCUGAGGGAUGCCUACAUUGCAACUGUGAAUUAUAAGCUGAGCCAUCAAAUACAAAUUGAAAGUGUCUAUUAACAUGGUAUAUUUAUGUUUACACAAUAUUACAAAAUGUGAAGCUUCUUUAAUGCAACAAUGCAGCUAGACAGCUGUAUAUACAUAUAUAUAAAAAUGUCUUAAAAUCAGGACAACACACUUCAUACUUUACAGAACAAAAUGGAAAGAUAUGGACACUAGCACAAACUGUAAUAUGAAACCUGGAAUUAAGACAAAACUGUGUCAAACAAAUAAAGACUUCAGGUGAA